AAACCACUUGCCUCUACGAACCCUAAAUUACUCGAGCACGAAGGACCUCACAUCCCAGAUCGGUGAAUGUGUAAGGGAGAGUGGGAAAUAUCGGCAAAUGGAUUUCAUGAGGAGGGGGCAGAGGAGAUGCGUGGGAAUGAUAGAACUAUGAUGAUGCCGCACUCAGGGUUUGAAUUCCUUUACAGAGAGCGUAGCAGCGACAGACUAGUCGCAUCUCUCCUCGGGUCAAAGCAGCUAAAGACCGGGCCAGCAUUGGUUUUGGGAAUUAGUGGCCGCCGAGGUCAUUUGCUGUAGUGUUUCUCACAGGAGGUGGAUCUACAAGUGAGGUUUUUGGACUACGCUAUCUCGGAACUCACAAGGUUUUUGCUCCAAUAGCUAAUAUUGGCGGCCCAUCCCAAACGAUUUUUCGCAAAGAAACAACUGGAGAUAUCGUAGGCUUGCACUGUUUAUUGGACAAUGAGGAUCAAAAGUUCCUAUAGUUGGGACUCGUUCUACUUAUUAAUAAUGAUAGAAUCUACGAAACUAAGCUUCCCCACCCUAUUCCUUUUAUCGACCUUGAUUCUAAAGUGCAGGUGUGGGAUGAUGCCCCGCCACCGAAAGAAUGGUCAAUAGCCUCUCGCCCAGGAGAAAUGGGUAUUUUCACCCGUGAUUUUGCUCCUGCACACUUCGAUGGCUGGAUGGCGGCCAAUUCACUCUGCAGGGUCACAAUAUACGGCAGGAUGAAAGAAGUGCGGUUUUCUUUUACGGAAAGAAAGGAUCGAUUCCUCGGAUAUGGGCAGGACGUCAGCGGCGGGGUUUAUGCUCAAGAAAUCGAUUAUGAGAAUGGCGAACGAGCGACAGGGAUUGUGGUUGUUCGGGAAGACCCUAUCUGUUCUAGUCCAGGAGAGAACCGAGGUUAUCGGGAUUCUAUAGAGAGCACAUCCACGAAUGGGGAUCAGCGGCAGUUUUUGGAUCGAAUUUACGUAUGUUAUUCGUUAAUGGGUCCGGUGGGGAUGCCUAAAGACUAAUAUUUUAUAGCUUCUGACGAACCGAAACGAGGGGGAGCUUCCUCUCCCUAUCAAGUAUUGUGUUUCCUUACCAUAACUUGUGGCGAUAAAGUUCGAUUUUAGUUACCAUCAGCUCAUCACAUGGGCCCCUAUCUACGCCCUGGACUCUACUGUACCCGCUUCCAAAAAGCUCAUCUCCAAAAUGCUUCAGUUUCCGUGCAAAUAGCGCCUGGAUGAUAUAACUGCGUCAAGGUUAAAGGGCCUGAAAAGAUCAGAAUAUCGGGUCCCGCUGGGCAGCGGAUCGAGCAGGUGAAUGUGGCGUUUCACACGCUUGACCAGCAAGACAGAGUGGUGGGAUUGUCUUGUUAAAGAAUUUCAGCCGGCUCAAGAAAAUAUCCACGACCUCAGUCUUGUCCUAAGGCGACACCCUACGUUCACUUCUUAUUGAGCUCGACCGGUGGGGGUAGAGGAGGCUUCUCUGCCUCCUUAACUUUUUUUCAUUCUACCCACCGUAUACCUAUUAGGUGAUUGAUUUUUGAUCCACAUAAUGUACCAAGUAGAUGUAUUUUAUUGGAGGUGCUGUGGUACCUUGCCAUUUUCAUACCUUGGAUGAGAAUCCGCUUUCACUUUAUUUUCUUCCACACUGUUUUAGGAAUGGCGGAGCGAUGGGCGCGAAAUUAUGGGUACAGGAUCGGUUGCUGAUGGCAGAUAUUCUUGUGGAGCUGAGAGGAAUUGCCGUAGUAUUGAAGUGGAAUGCUGCCCGGGUGUGGGGGCACGAGUAGAUCUUCAUGUAAUUCCCUCAGAUAAAGAUUUUAAGCUAUUGAGGCAGAGAUCAGAAGGACUACGGUACUGUACAGGUAGUAGACCAGGUAAGCGCUCAGCGAGGCAGCUCAUAUUCGCCAAGCCUCGCUUCUGAGCACUGGUGCCUGAAAUGCUUACGUAUAUAUAGAAUAAUACCCUCUUCCUCCACCUGCCUCUAUCCUCUCCCUAUUCUCCUCGCUGUCCUCCCAAUUUUCUCGCUCCCCUUCUGGCGAUUGAGUUUCCUUCGCAUGUUGACACCCGGUCCUUCAACUGGGCCAAUACGAUUCAAGACAUUUUAAGUGAGUGGCUUUCAGAAACCUAUUAGAUUAACCAUCUCGGUUCGUUUCUGUUUCUCUUUUUUUAUCAUUUCGGAGUCUGAGACGUAACUCCCGUUGCUACCGGUAUUUCUGUCUAUCCAAUUAUGCGGUCGAAUGGGCUGCAUCUAAAUUCAGGCUACCGGGAACCUAUUAGUGCGGGGGGGUGGCCAUGGUGGCAACUCUCAAAGCCCCCUCUACUAUAGGGAUUGUGAUGUGGGUUUCUAUCGAUCACAUGUUCCCAGGUUAUCAAGACCGGUCAAACGAAACAUAGGAUCCCCUCCGCUGGCACCCUCUAUAAAACCACCGCUACCCCCGAUUCAAUUGAAAACCGAAGGCUCUCCCAUCCUGCCAAUCUUUAUCCCUUGCGAUAAAGAUCUCCUACUCCCCAAGUUUCCUCAGAACCUUGAGAGCCAUGGAACCGACCGUUGCAAUCCGAGAUCUUGAUUUGAAGAACUCCGGGAAACGUCAGAAGGCGACAUGCAUUUUCAAAAUGUUUCAGAUAAAGAGCUACACAAUUGGAUUAGUGAAAAUCCGGAACUGGUUGAACACAAGGACUUCCGAUAUGAGUACAACUUCCUCUCACA